GGUUCCUCUACUGACUUUGCUACUACUUUAACUCGCGAAGAUACAGAGUAAAACUCUACGCUCCUCUGCACCGCCUCCCUCCACAGCCAAACACAACGGAGAUAAGAACGGAGAGAAAAAGAGAAGAUUAAACACGUGCAAAGCGACAUGUCCGACUUACUGCAAGCUGUCGGCGGCGAAGGCUUCAAGCCUUUUGACCUGUCGAACCCGGCUCAGUACGCCAAGGGCAACACACCCAUGAUGUCGAAGGCUGCCUGUUACAUCAACGGCACCUGGGUGACAAGCAAGCGCACCGACAAAACCAUCGAGGUGGAGGACCCGUGCACGAAUCAAGUGAUCGGUGUCAUUGCCCACUUUGGCAAGGAAGAAACGCUGGCCGCCAUCGCAGCCGCGAAGACCGCCUUUGAGAGUUGGAAGAAGGUCUUGCCAAACGAGCGCGCUGCGGCGGUACGGCGGUGGGGCGAGCUGAUGACGCAGGCCGCGGAGGGCAUGGGCACCAUCCUCUCUCGCGAGUCGGGCAAGGUGUUCGCGGAGGGCAAAGGCGAGGUGAUCUACUCGGCCAGCUUCGGCGAUUGGUACGCCGGCGAGGCGGAGCGCAUCUACGGCGAUGUCAUUUCCGGGCCGCAUCUUGGCACGCAGGCGACGGUCUACCGCGAGCCCAUCGGCGUCGUCGGUCUCAUCACACCGUGGAACUUUCCUGCUGCGAUGAUCACCCGUGCGGCGUGCGCGGCGAUCGCGGCGGGCUGCACGGUGGUGCUGAAGCCGGCCCAGCUGACGCCCUUCUCCGCCCUGGUGCUCGCGCAACUGGCCGGGGAGGCUGGCAUCCCGGCGGGCGUCUUCAACGUUGUGACGGGCGAGUCGGCGAGCAUCGGCUCCGCCCUCGUCGAAUCCUUUGACAUCCGCAAGAUUUCCUUCACGGGCUCGACGCGGGUCGGCAAGCAGCUCUACCAGGGUUCCGCGGAGACGAUGAAGAAGCUGGGCCUAGAGUUGGGCGGCAACGCGCCAUACUUGGUCUUCGAGGACGCUGACCUGCCCCGUGCCGCGGAUGACCUCAUCGCCGCCAAAUUCCGCAACUCCGGCCAGACGUGCAUCUCCGUCAAUCGUGCCCUCGUGCAGUCAAGCAUUUACGACGAGUUCACGAAGCUGGUGGCGGACCGCGUGAAGGCGCUGAAGGUCGGCAACAGCUUCGACCCCAGCGCCAAGAUCGGCGCCGUGAUCGGCAAGCCCACGGUGGACCACAUGGCGAAGGUUGUGGAAGACGCCGUGGCGAAGGGUGCGAAGGUGGAGGUGGGUGGACACGCCGUUCCAGGCGCCGGCUACUUUUUUGAGCCGACGGUGCUCAGCAACGUCCCCCACGACACCGCGCUGUGCUGCCGCGAGGAGCUCUUCGGUCCGGUGCUGCCGAUGGUGCGCUUUGACACCGAGGAGGAGGGUGUGCGGAUGGCCAACGACACCCGCGCUGGUCUGGCCGGCUACUUCUCCACCAGUGACUACCGCCGCCAGUUCCGUGUCGCGCAUGCGCUGCAGUUCGGCAUGAUAGGCUGCAACGACAGUGCGAUGUCCGCGGCAUGCAUUCCGUUUGGCGGUGUUAAGGAGAGCGGCCUCGGCCGUGACGGCUCCAAGUACGGCAUCGAGCCUUUUACCGACUGCAAGUACGUUCUCUUCUCCACCGUGUAA